AUGUCCAACUUUGGUAUAGCGAUACUAUCCAUUAGUGUCUUGUCUUUUGUAACGGGAUUUUACACCAGCCAGUUUUUUCAAAGCUCUAGUUCUCGAGCAAGUAAGUGGCCGCAAUCCUUUGAUCUCGCUGCAAGACGUCACCAAGACGAAACUGAUGAAGAAGAUGAAAAAGAAGAGGAAGAUUUAGAUAUUAACUCAUUGGCCUUGAAUGAUAUUCCUGGAGAGGUCAGGAUGACUCUUGUGGUAAGGCAAGAUCUCAAAAUGGGCAAAGGGAAGGCUGCAGCUCAAUGUUCCCAUGCUACGUUAUCAUUGUAUAAGAAAAUCACCAAUCCAAAUUCUGAUGCUUACAAUCCCCAAAUGGUAAGGAGAUGGGAAUAUGGCAAUGGGCAAGCAAAAAUAACCCUACAAGUACCAAAUCAAGAAGAAAUGGAUAUGCUUUAUGCACAAGCAAUCAGUUUGGGAAUCAACGCAUGUAUAAUACACGAUGCUGGAAGAACGCAAAUAGCCGCUGGAAGUGCGACUGUUUUGGGUCUAGGCCCAGCACCGAAAAAAGUUCUAGAUCAGAUAACAGGAGAAUUGAAGUUGUAUUAG